GCAUGUAAAUGAAGCCAAAAAACGAAGCAAUAUUUCAAUCACACAAAGUGCCCACAAUCAGCUCACGUUCAUGGUUCUCUGUAAUACCUGUCAUCAAAUGGACAAACCUCGGACCUACCGCAAUACCGGCCCCGAUGGCGGAUCCGAGGAGCCACAAAAUGCCGCGGCGGGAAAUCCUUCAAAACUACCGCCACCAUCUCACUCAGCAGCUCUCGACGACAUUUUCCACCCCCCGCUUCCAUUUAUGACCUCCUCCUCCUCCUCCUCCUCCCGAAUGACGCCGCGGUAGAGCUCAUUGAUCUUUUGACAAAUGCCCAGCAUGCUUUGCCGCAGCAGCGGCCUGGGCCUCUCGAGACAGGCUCUGCUGCGCAACCAAGCCUUCGUGCGGCGCAUCCAGAGCUCGGGGCCAUUCCAACCACUGCGGCCGCCAUCACCCGCCGACCUGGGAGCACCACGAGCUGCCAAGCAGUACAAGCGCAGCCGGAAAUGGGGACGUCGAUUGCUCAUCACAGCAGCCGUGGGCGGCGCCAUCUACACCGUAGAUUCACAGGUGUACGCUUCCAGCCUUGGUCGAUCGCUUCGCACAUUUGGCACGGCCAUGAUUGCUGCGCUGGACUAUAAGAUCAACUUCCGACCAGAACCAUGGACGGGGGGCUCCGUGGCUGACCUCCACCUGCGUAACGCCGAAAGGCUUUGCGAUCUGCUGCGGGCAAACGGUGGAUUGUACCUCAAAAUUGGCCAGGCAAUUGCCAUGCAGAGUGCGGUUCUGCCACCCGAAUUCCAGAGAAUGUUUGCCCGGAUGUUUGAUGAUGCGCCACAAGACGACUGGAAAGCCGUCGAGGCGGUCAUCCGAAAAGAUUUUGGGAAGAGCGUAGAGGAAGUAUUUGGGGUCAGCUUCACUGGCAAGGAGGGUUAUGGAGUCAUGGAGAGAAAGGCCCGCGCGAGUGCAAGUGUUGCUCAGGUCCACUGGGCAAGGCUUCCGGAUGGCAGAGAAGUGGCCGUCAAGAUUCAGAAACCAGAGAUUGCAAAGCAAAUUGCGUCGGAUCUCUGGACUUUCAAGACUGUAACGUGGAUUCUUUCGAAGCAGUUCGACCUUCCCCUCUACACCCUAGUACCGUUCAUCUCCGAGCGCAUAGAGCUAGAGACAGAUUUUUUGAGCGAGGCCAAGAAUUCGGAAACGAUGCGCCAGCUGGUCAACUCAGAGAGCCGUCUGAAGGGGCGGGUUUACAUCCCCACUGUAUAUUCCGAACUUACCACGAAGCGAGUAUUGACAACUGAGUGGAUAGAGGGCAUCAGGCUGUGGGACAAGACGGCCAUGACUUCAAGAUGGCUGGGCGGACGUGGAAAAGGCAGCCCAGGCGCAGGCACCCCUUUGCCGCCAAUUGAUAUGGAUCUUGCCCGUCGCCAACUGCGCAUAGAAGCCCACCGAGACAAGAUCAAGCCGGAGCGCCAGGAGUGGAAGGGCUUGCACGGAAGAGGAGGCCUUGGCUUGAGCACCAAGGAGGUCAUGACCACCAUGGUAGAUCUCUUUUCUGCUCAAAUCUUCAAAUGGGGCGUUGUCCACUGUGACCCUCACCCAGGAAACAUCUUCAUUCGAAGGCUUCCUAACGGCCGUGCCGAAUUGGUCUUGAUUGACCAUGGCCUCUAUGUAUAUAUGUCGCCGACGUUCCGCCAUCAGUAUGCCAGAUUUUGGAAGGCUCUCAUGACAUUCGACAACAAGGCCAUAGCUGACGUCACCGGGCAAUGGGGCAUCAAGGCGGCAGACUUGUUUGCCAGUGCUACGCUGAUGAAGCCGUACGAAGGCGGCGAAAACGUCAUGCAGAAAGAUUUGAAGGAGCUACAGGGUCUGACCAGGGCGGAGAAACAUUAUGUCAUGCAGCGCAAGAUGAAGCAAGGGAUUCGAGACAUUCUCGCGGACGAAGACAAGUGGCCCAAGGAGCUUGUUUUCAUUGGGCGCAACAUGCGCAUCGUCCAGGGCAACAACCAGUUCCUGGGCUCGCCGGUUAACCGCAUCAAGAUGAUGGGCGAGUGGGCGAGCCGUAGCCUGUACGAGGACCCUAAUCUUCCCUGGAUACAGCGGGUGAACAACGUAUGGCGACACAUCAUAUUCAAGUCGGUCAUGACUGUGACGGACAUUGCGUUUUAUUUCUUUAAGCUGCGGCAGCUACUCGGCCUGGGUGGCGGCAUGGAAGAUGAGAUGGAGCGUCGCGUGAAGAGUAUGACGCAGUACGGCAUGGAGGAGGAGCCCGAUAUGUUCGAAGGGUAAAGAAAUGGCUCUCUAUAAAACAUCGAUGGGCGGUUGCUAUUGUUAUUGUUAUUUUCCUUUCUCUCCUUUCAUCCUUUUUUACUUCCCAUGCCCCCCACAAUGUUUGUAGAGAGAGGCGCUGGCUGGACCGCAUUGCUUCUUUAUAGACGGAAAAAGCAGAGGGAACAAGAGCGUUCGGCAGGCAUUCGAAUUAUACUGGUCAGGUUUGACGAUGAUAAAAUGUACUGUAUGUAUAGUAUGUACGAGUAUAGAUGGACGAUAUAUACCACUCAUAUUUGCGACGGCAGUCGGC